CACCUAUAAAUUCGGCAAAAUAUUUUACUUCACCACAGUUCAAAAUGAAAUUCGCUUUGGUUGCUUUGGCUUUCAUCGGUGCAGCUUUGGCUGCCCCAAAUGUGCGCAUCCCCCGCCCCAGUUUGAAAAUCGUCGGCGGUAAAGACGCUUCCAAAGGCGAAUUCCCUUACCAAAUCUCCUACCAAUAUGGACUUUUGGGUACAUGGUCCCACAUCUGCGGCGGCUCCAUCUUGAACGAGAACUGGAUCAUCACAGCUGGCCACUGCGUUUCUGAAGCCCCAGCCUUCGGUGAUUACAGAAUCGUUGCCGGCAUCUUGGACUUGGACGAAGAGAGCGAUUUGAAACAAGAAAUCCUUGUUUCGCAAAAAAUUGUACAUCCUGGUUUCGAUGGUGGCGUCGGUCCCAAUGACAUCGCCCUUCUGAAACUGGCAUCGCCCUUGGUGCUUAACGAAGUCAUCCAACCAGUCUCCCUUCCAAGCAGCGACCUCGUCGCCAGCGGAGACGUCGUUCUCUCCGGAUGGGGAUCAAUGGGCGGCGUCAUCAUCCCAAUCAUGCCCAACAGACUUCAAAAGGCUGAGCUUCCAAUCAUCCCCAAUGAUGAGUGCAACAACGCCUUGAACGCAAUCAGCGCCGAAGACAACCCAUUCGACGAUGCUUCCAACAUCUGCACUGGACCUCUUACCGGAGGUUACAGCGCCUGCUCCGGAGACUCUGGCGGUCCUUUAGCUGUUGAUGGUGUUCUCGUUGGUGUUGUUUCCUGGGGAUUCGUUCCAUGCGGUUCAGCCGGUGCUCCAUCCGUCUACACUAAGGUCGCCAACUUUGUUGACUGGAUCAACGAAAAUGCUAAAUAAGAUAUCUGAUAUUCUGAAUAUGUCAUAAAUAAUUACGUGAAUAAAACAUAACUUUCUUCCGA